GAGGUUCUUCACAUGAUCCAAAUGGACCGCCCAAACAUCGCUGGUAACAACUGAGGACAUAGUUGCUUUGUUUAAUCGUUUCAUUCUGUUUAAAUACCUAAAUGUAUGUAAGAGGAAAAUAACUUAAUUAAUCUCCAGACCUGAUGGACAGCGGUUAUGCUUAUCUUUGGUAGCGGAAACGGAAGUGAUGGAAACGGUUUAACGAAAUCCGCAUCAGAAGAGAUCAAAGUCUGUGUGUCUAGGAAGAGUUGAUCAAUGGAUCCACCAAUAGAAAUGAAGAGAUGGCCUGGCCAAAGGUCAGUCAUAACCGAACCCGUCUGUAAAAAGAUGAAGUUUGAGCAGUCUGUGAAUCAACCACAAUAUUUGUGUCCUGAAUUCAGCCGUGACUCUAAACUUAAUAAAGUCCUGAACACAUUUAAAUCAAAUCUGAGAGAGAAGUUUCAGUGUUUGUAUCCAGGAACAUCAAAGCAGAGAAACUCAACACUACUGAAUGAGAUCUACACAGAGCUCAACAUUACAGAGAUUAAAAGUGGAGAGGCAGAGGAUACACCAAUCAAAUGUAAUGACAUCUUUAAACCUUUACCUGAACAACACAAACACAUCAGAAGUGUGCUGACAAAGGGAGUCGCUGGCAUUGGAAAAACAGUCUCUGUACAGAAGUUCAUUCUGGACUGGGCUGAAGAGAAAGAGAAUCAGGACGUCCACCUCAUAUUUCCACUUCCUUUCAGAGAGAUCAAUUUGAUGAAGGACAAAACACUCAGUCUUUUAGAUCUUCUUCAUCUUUUCUUCCCAGAGACAAAAGAAAUGGAAAUCUUCAGUGAUAAAUAUAAAGUGUUGUUUAUCUUUGAUGGUUUGGAUGAGUGUCGUCUGUCUCUGGAUUUUCACAGCAGUGUAAGGUUGUGUGAUGUAAGUAAAUCAACCUCGGUGGACGUGAUGCUGACAAACCUCAUCAAGGGGAAUCUGUUUCCCUCUGCUCGCAUCUGGAUCACCUCCAGACCAGCAGCAGCUGAUCUCAUCCCCUCUGAGUGUGUUGAUCGAGUCACAGAGAUACGAGGCUUCAGUGAUCCACAGAAGGAGGAAUACUUCAGGAAGAGAAUCAGUGAUGAAAGUCUGUCUGAUCAAAUCAUCUCACACCUGAAGUCAUCCAGGAGUCUCUACUUCAUGUGUCACAUCCCAGUGUUCUGCUGGAUUUCAGGCACUGUUCUAGAGAGAAUAUUGAGUGAAGCAAAGAGUCAAGAGAUCCCCAAGAGACUCCCUGAAAUGUACACACGCUUCCUGUUCAUUCAGAUGAACAUUAAACAGCGGGACAACUUUAAGAAGAACAUGAAGGAUAGAGACAUGAUCUAUAAACUUGGUAAACUGGCUUUUGAGCAGCUUGUGAAAGGCAAUGUUAUCUUCUGUGAUGAAGACCUGAGAGAGUGUGGCAUUGAUGUAUCAGAAGCAUCAGUGUACUCAGGAUUGUUUACUCAGAUCUUCAGAGAGGAAUUUGGUUUGUGUCAGAGGAAAGUUUACAGCUUUGUUCAUCUGAGCAUUCAGGAAUAUCUAGCAGCACUACAUGUGCACCUCAAUAUUAUGAACAAAAACUUUAAUGUGUUUGAUCAAAUUCAACCGAUUCAAACACAUGAGCUUUCAAUACAUAAUCUGUAUACGAGAGCUAUAGAUGAGACUCUACAGAGUAAAAAUGGACAUCUGGAUCUUUUCCUUUGUUUUCUUCUGGGUUUGUCACUGGAGUCGAAUCAGAAUCUCCUACGAGGUGUGAGGAUACAGACAGGACGCAGCUCUUAUAACAAUGUAAAAACAAUCAGUUACAUCAAACAGAAGAUGAGGGAGAAUCCUUCACCUGAGAUAUCCAUCAAUCUGCUUCAGUGUCUAAGUGAACUGGGUGAUUAUUUACUACUUAUGGAAAUCCAAAAUUUUCUGAAGUUUAGAAUAUUAGAAGAAGCCAAAAUCUCUUCAUCUCAGUGGUCAGCUUUAAUUUUUGUGUGGCUGACUUCAGGACGUGAGCUGAAUGGGUUUCACAUGAAUCGUAUUGUUAAAAAACAAAACAUUUCUGAAGCACAGAAAGUUCUUCAGAAGCUACUUCCUGUCAUUUGUGAAUACAAAAUAGUUGAGUUGGGUUCUUGUAAUAUCACAGAUGAAGGUUGUGUUGCUCUGACUUCAUUUCUGACAUCAAACCCAUCGCUUGUGACUCAUCUGAAUCUGUCUCAUAAUAAUCUUGGAGAUUCAGGAGUGAAGCUGAUCUCUGAUGUACUGAAGAAUCCUGAAUUUAAAAUGGACACACUAAUGUUGAAGAGAUGUAACAUCACAGCUGAAGGUUGUGUUGCUCUGACUUCAGCUCUGAGAUCAAACCCAUCACACCUGAGAGAACUUAAUCUGACUGGGAAUAAUCUUGGAGAUUCAGGAAUUGAGCAUCUCUCUGAUCUACUGGAGCAUCCUGACUGUAAACUGGAGAAACUCUUGUUGAGGGGUUGUAAUAUCACAGAUGAAGGUUGUGUUGCUCUGUCUUCAGCUUUGACAUCAAACCCAUCACACCUGAGAAGACUGAUUCUGACUAAUAAUACAAUUGGAGAUUUAGGAAUGAAGCUGUUGUCUGCUGUACUGGAGAAUCCUCAGUGUAAACUGGAGAUGCUGAAGUUGACUGAUUGUAAUAUCACGGAGGAAGGUUGUGCUGCUCUGUCUUCAGCUCUGAGAUCAAACCCAUCACACCUGAGAGAUCUGAGUCUGUCUUUAAAUAAUUUCGGAGAUUUAGGAGUGAAGCUGCUAUCUGAUGUACUGAAGAAUCCUCAAUGUAAACUGGAGCUACUGUGGUUGUGUGAGUGUAAUAUCACAGAUAAAGGUUGUGUUGCUCUGACUUCAGCUCUGAGAUCAAAACGAUCACACCUGAGAGAAUUGUAUCUGCAUGGAAAUCAUCUGGGAGCUUUAGAAAUGAAGCUGAUCUCUGAUAUGGCAAAGGAUCCAAAUUACAAACUGAACAAAAUAGACCUUUUCCGUGUAAACAGAGAUGACGGGCGGAGCCCAACUGGUGGCAGAAAGUGAAUGCUUCUCAAUAGCUGUGUGAAGAGUUUUAGCGGUAAACUGUUAUGUUUAUUUUUUAAAUAAAUUAAAAGGUUAAAUGGCUUGGCUACUAAUUGUGUGCAUGUAUGUAAUGUAUAUGUUUUGUUCUUUAUUGGUAAAUCAAUUAUUUUUACAGUAUGAAUCGCUGAAGUACUUAAGAGCAAUACGUGUAUAAUAUCAUUUCUUAAAUAUUUCAUCAUUUCCUGUUUUCAAUUUCUUCCUUAUUUUAGCCUACGUGUUUGAUCUAAAACUAUAAUGUUUACAUACAAAUUAAUUUGUAUUGGCCUGUUUAUAUAUUAUUAACACUUUACAUCGUGUGUGCUAUGUAAGUUAUAUAUAUUUAUUAUUAGUAAACAUAAUUUAGAACAAACAUGAAGAAGACCUAGGCUAAGAUAUAAGGUAAAAAGAAGUAAUAGAAUACGAAAACUUUAAUAAAUGGUAAUAUUACUGAUAUUAUGAACUCAUUCAAAUCUUUAAUCUUUCUAAAUAAAUUAUAAACGUAACGUGAUGAAAACGCUAUAAGAAACACAUAGAGGGAUCAGACUUCAAAAGAACACCGGAUAUGUUCUCUAAUUAUUUUCUAGUCAAAUUAUUAAAAGAUUUUCAGAUGAUUUCAUCACUCCAGUCUGUCCGGUUGAGGGCUUUUAUUGCAACCAUAAACACCUACGUUUAUCUUCAAAUGGUGUCUUCGAUGACGGUAUGCUAUCCCAGAUAGCACAGGUACGUCUGCAAGAUGUCUGGUAAAGAUCUGGAGAUCUGGAAUACAUCUGGUGUGUAAAAACAUCUUAUAAAGGUCUUAGAAAGAGCUGCUUUACAUACAUUCUAAAUCAAAAACGUCUUGCAGACGUCUUCAAUAUGUCUAUAUGACAUCUUUUAGGAAACGUCUCAGAGACGUAUUGCAGAUGAGCAAACAAUCUAAAUAAUAGUACGUCUUGCAGAUGUAAACGCAGACAUCAAAUAGACGUCUUCGAGAUGUAUGUGUGCCAUCAGGGAUAAAAAUGAAGGUCAUCUUUUUUUGGCAUUCCUAUUCUGACACUCAACAGCACAACAAAACAUUUUCUAGUGAAUUAUAUUGUUCGUUUCACUCGUGUCUCAUUCAUUUCCACUGUUUUUCUGCCACCACAUGCGCGCGUGACGUAACUGUGACGUCGACUCGCUAAAGGUCUAUAAAAGUACAAAUGCUAAAAUAAAUACAGCUGUACGUUUUCAAAAGUACACAAUGUGUUUAUGUAUAUGUUUUACAGAGAUGUAUAAGAUUAGCAUAAGAUUUUUUUUGUACUCAGAAAAUAAAAAACAAAUGUGUAAGUUUAA